GGUCAGGGUUUUUCUCUUCCUCAUCACUCAUCAGGGUCAAGCGAGGUCUCCGUUGCAACUCAUCGGCGCCGAGAGAGAGCGAGGAGGAGGCGGCGAGGAAGAUGCCGUGCCUGAACGUGUCGACGAACGUGAACCUGGAGGGCGUGGACACCUCCGCCAUCCUCGCCGACGCCUCCAGCACCGUCGCCGCCAUCAUCGGCAAGCCGGAGGCCUAUGUGAUGGUUGUUCUCAAGGGUUCAGUGCCCAUGUCGUUUGGCGGUACCCAGGAGCCUGCAGCCUAUGGUGAGCUGGUUUCCAUCGGCGGGCUGAACCCUGAAGUCAACAAGAAGCUGAGUGCCGGCAUUGCAUCCAUCCUGGAGUCGAAGCUGUCCAUCCCCAAGUCGCGCUUCUUCCUCAAGUUCCACGACUCAAAGGCCCACCGUGCACAAGAACAUGCUCAAUGUUUGCAUGCUUUGCAUCAAGAGUAGAUCAUCGCACGGACUUCGGAUGGAACGGAACCACCUUCUAGACGUGUAUCGUAUGGCCUGUGGGCGCAUUGGAACUUCAGAUUUCCUAAUGUCUUGUCCAUUGCCUAUUCAAGGAGAAACUGGUGUCAGUGAGACGUGUCGGGUUAUUGGCAGUGUCUAUGAACGCUGGAGUACUUGUGUGGUCUAGUGAUUUGGUCCAACACUUGCCAUGGCAAGGGAAUGUUGCAACUAUAUUAGGCUUGUUUCUUAAUCAAUCAUGAAACCUUUCUGGUGUC